AUGGAGCGUCCCGGUCCCACGUCUCCGUACCGCCCUCGGCAAUCUCGAGGUGUCAAUGCUAACGCACCGCCUCCUCUCGAGGUGACGAAUGAGACGACUCAUAAGUCUCCGUACCGCACUCGGCAGUCUCGAGGUGUCAAUGCCAACGCGUCCCCGUCUGUUCCGGAUCUUUCGGCUGAGGGGACUCAAAAGUCCCCGUACCGCCCUCGGAAAUCUCGAGAACCCAAUGCCAACCCCCCGUCUCCUCUCGAGAUGACGAAUGAUUCGACGCAAAAGUCUCCAUACCGCUCUCGGAAAUCUCGAGAACUUAAUGCUAGCGCCUCCCCGUCUGCUCCUGACGGGGCAACUGAGGCGACUCAGAAAUCUCCGUACCGCCCUCGGCCGUCUCGAAGUGGCAAGGCGAACGCACCGACUCCUCUCGAGGUGCCGAAUGAUUCGACGGAAAAAUCUCCGUACCGGCCGCGGCCAUCUCGAAGCGGCAACGCGAAGGCCUCCCCGAGUCCUCUCGAUGUGGCGAAUGACUCGACGGCACAAAAAUCUCCGUACCGCCCUCGGCCAUCUCGAAGCGGCAAUGCGAAGGACGCGUCCUCUUCUCCCGUCGAACGGCCGUCAACGGGCGAGCCAACCCCCUCUCCCGGCGACUCCGGCGAGGCUCCGCUACAGCUAGGGUUCCUCGCCACCCUCUCCAAGUCGAAGAAAUGGACCGACGACGACCUGCCGGCGGCGGACGCGCGACCCAAAUCCGCCGCCGUGAACACCUCCUCGUCGCACGUGUCGCAUGCGUCGUCGCACGCGUCGCAAGGGCCGCGACCAAGGCUGACGCGAUCGAUCGCGUCAACCUCGCGCGCGCCGCCCGCAGAAGCAGCGAGCCCAGGUACAGGUUCGCACAAAGGAGGACCAACCCCCGGGUACGUGCACGGGCACACGCACGUGCGCAAACCGCGGCGCCUCGCAACCGCCGCGUCAGUGUCCGGAGCGGGAAGCAGGGCGGAAGGGGGAGGCGAGAUGGGGGAAGACGGGGGCGGCGGAACGCUCGCGGACAUAGACAGGCGGGGGAAGGCCUCCGCGUCCGUUUCAUCCGCGGGUGAGAAGGGGGGGAGGAGGCGGGGAGACGAGGGCGGAGGCGCAGGGAGAAGCGGAAAACUAGGCGGAAAAGGAAGCAGGACUCUAACCCCCGUGAGCAGCGGCGCUAGCACCCCCUCUAGCAGCUUCAACGACAAUGGCAGCGAGGCAGGCAGCGUGCGCAGCAGAAGCACUUAUAGGUCAUAUGAAAAUGAUGAUGAUGAUGACCUUAGUAGCCACGCGGAUUCGGAAUUGGAGGUGAAUUUCGAGGAGGUUUUAGGGCCCGCGUCGGGAUUUGACUGGAUCACGAGUAUCAGCGCUGCUUCCACGCCUUCGUCUACUUCGUCCGCGAAUAGGGUUACCAGGUUCGCGCCGAACACGCCUCCGCAUGCGCUAGCGUCGGGGGUGCACCCGUCGUUUGCUAGUAACGAGCACGGGAUUCUCGCGGCUGCUGCAAUAGCAUCGGUGGGCGGGGCAGGGGGAGCAGGGGGAGCAGCAGCGGGGAGGGAGGCGGAAGGGAAGGGGUCCGGAAAAGAGGCGUUUAAGACUGAAUGGGAGGUGUUUAUGAGGCAGUCGGAAGGGAUAGUGGGGUUGCAUCUACUGGAAGGGCUGGCACCCAGAGGCUCUAAACGAAAGCAGAAUAAAAAGAAGGUGCUUGUAAGGAAGGUGAAGGAGGAGACGAAGAAGAUGGACUUUUGGGGGGAGGAGAGUGGGAGUGAGGAUGGGAGGGGCAUGGGGGGCGUGAGGAGGAAGGGGAAAGGAGGAAAGGCGGGCGGGGGAGGGGAGGGGGAGGAGCAGGUUGAGCGGAAGUUUGGAAGCUUGGGGGAGAGGAAGAGGCGGGAAAAGGCGGGGAGAAAGGCGGGGGUGGAAGAAGGGGAGGGGGCGGAAGGGGGAGAAGGGGGUGGGGGAAGGCGGGCUAGGGGAGAGCGAGGGGGGAGGGAGGAAGGGCGGGUAAAGGGCAGGAGAGGGUACGGGGGGAGUAGGGCGGUGGCAGCAGCGGCAAUUCGUAAAGCUAGGUCCGGUGCUUCGUAUGGCGGGGAAGGGGAUGGGAAUGAGUUGAGUGGUGGUGAUGGGAGGGACAAUGGGGCAGGUGAAAAUAGCUCGUUUGCUGCUCUGGGCAGAGCAAAAAAUGCCCCAAGCCGUAGAGGCUGGGAAGACGAGGAUGACGGCUCGUUUAUUGCACUGGGAAAAGCGAGACUUGCUCGAGAGGGUUCGUCCAAUGACCCGGGCAGCUUGGAAAAUGAUUCUCUGACCCCGACGAAACCCCCUGGUUUACCAGAGGUUAACAAAAGUUUGGAGGGGGAGGAGGAUUUGAGUAAGGUUGCAGGCGUGGCAAAGAAAUGGGUGAAGAAAGCAAAGGAUGAUAAGGCGAAAAAGGGGAAGGAUGGGGAGGGGGGAGAGAGUGAGGAUGAUGAGGAGGGUGCGAUUGUGAGUUAUGGGACACAGGUGAAAGACGCCAGAAGGGGUAUUGGGGUAUCCAAGGCUGAGGGAGUCGGUUGGGAGGGGUUGAAAGCGGCUGCAGAGACGAUAGGAGGAGGGUUUGGGGAGGAGAGUGGGGAGAAAGAAGCAGGGGGAGCGGGGGGCUCCAAAGGCCCCCCUCCGCCUCCCCCUCCCCCUGGGCGGAAGGGCCCCCCUCCCCCCCCGCCUCCCCCAGGCGCUAAGGGGCCGGGGCCUCCCCCUCCCCCGCCCCCCCCAGGGGGCAAGGGCGAAGCUCCCCCUCCGCUCCCGCCUGGGUUCAAGGGGAAGGGUCCGCCUCCUGGGGGACCGUUUGGGGGGGGGAGGCGCGCGCUGGUGGACUGGGGGGGCGUGACAAACGCGGAUGGCACCAUCUGGGCCUCAGAGCUUGACUUUGAUAUCGAUAUUGGCGAGUUGAAGAAGCAGUUUGAGCCCAAGGCAGCUGCUCCUUUCAAGAAGGCAGAGCAGCCUGUGAAGAAACAAGUCAUUCGAAUUAUCGACAUGGCCAAGUCGAGGAACGUGGAGAUCUCCCUUCGAAGCAUGAAGCUCCAUCCGCACGACCUCGUGGUUGCAGUGUUGAGUGUCGACACGUCGACAAUAGGCGAGUGGUGUGACAGCCUGGUGGAAACAUUGUUGAAGUAUGGACCGGAUGACAAGGAGAAGCGGCUGCUGCGGGAGUUUAAGGGGAAUGUGGAGGAUUUGGGUCCGUGCGAACAGCUGUUCCGCGCAUUGCUGGGGGUGCAGCGGCUGGAGCCAAAGCUCAAGGUGCUGCAGUACCGGAUAUUCCUGGCAGAGCGGGCACCAGAGCUUGCAGACACGAUCAAGUUCGUUACUCUUGUCUCACAAAAGAUACAAGAGUCUCAGAAGCUGCAGCAUGUGCUGCUGGUGGUGCGAGAUAUUGGCAACAAACUUAAUGAGGGCACCAAGAAGGGCAAGGUGGUGGGGUUUGCAGCCAACGAUCUGAACAAGGUGGCCAACACCAAGGGCUUCAUGGCGUACCUCAUUAAGGUCCUGAGCCAGUGCCGUCCCGAGUGGCUUUACUUCUGGAAGGAUUUCACAGACGGGUCUCGGAACCUGUUGAAUGAGGCGAUCAAGGUGGACCAGAAGGGACUGGCGGAGGUGGUAAAGGAGCUGGACGUAGGGAAGGUGCUUGUGGAGCGAGAGUUGAAGGAGUGUGAGAAGAUGGCCGAGGAGGAGAGGAAGAAGGAGGAGGAGAAGGAGAAAGCGAAGGAGAAGAAAGCGCAAGAGGGGGAGAAGGGGGAGGGAGAGAAGGAGGAGAGUAAGGAGGUUGACGGGAAGGAAGGGGAGGGGGAGAAGGGCGAUGGAGGGAAGAGCGGAGAGGGUGAGAAAGGGGAGGAGAAAACGGAGGAGAAAAAGGAGGAGAAAAAGGAGGAGGAGAAAAAGGAGGAGAAGGAGAAGGAGAAGGAGAAGGAGAAGAAGGAGGAGGAGAAGCGGGAGGAGGAGGCACUGCCGUUGAAGCAUGCGGACACUUAUCGGGCCAUGCAGCUGUUUUACGAUGAAGAUGUGGUUAGAUGGCACGGCAACGUGCACAGCCUCAUGGGUGACAUGCUAGAUGGCAUGGCAACGUGCACAGCCUCAUGGGUGACAUG